AUGUCUGAGGGCAUUCAUGAAAAUGCAGAUUCUCUUAAGAUCACGAAACCAUCUAAUAGCACAGCUGAAAACAUUUGUAUGACUGAAGUUCCUAAAGGAUCUCAGCAGCAGCUUGUGAAUGGCAAAACCCAAGAUGGCUCAAGAGGACUCCACUGUCGCUACAAACUGGCUGUGGUGUUGGUCUGUGUUCUCCUCUUGGCUGUUACCAUCGCACUUUGCGUCACAAUUCUGAGAACAAAAGAUUUGCAGCUCAAGUACAAGAACCUUGCAGAAGAGAAAAACAAGCUACAGCUCCAGUACAAGAACCUUGCUGGAGAGAGAGAUCAGCUACAGCUCCAACUCCAAUACAACACCACCACAGCAGAGAAAGAUCAGCUACAGCUCCAAUACAAGAACCUUGCUGAAGAAAAAGAUCAGCUUCAGAUCCAGUACGACAACAUCACAGAAGAGAAAGACCAACUACAACUAAAGCACAAGAGCCUUGCUGAAGAGAAAGAUCAGUUACAGCUUAGGUACAAUAGCCUUGCUGAAGAGAAAGAUCAGCUACAACUUCAAUACAACACCACCAAAGAAGAGAAAGAUCAGCUUCAGAUCCAGUACGACAACAUCACAGAAGAGAAAGACCAACUACAACUAAAGCACAAGAGCCUUGCUGAAGAGAAAGAUCAGUUACAGCUUAGGUACAAUAGCCUUGCUGAAGAGAAAGAUCAGCUACAACUUCAAUACAACACCACCAAAGAAGAGAAAGAUCAGCUUCAGAUCCAGUACGACAACAUCACAGAAGAGAAAGACCAACUACAACUAAAGCACAAGAGCCUUGCUGAAGAGAAAGAUCAGUUACAGCUCAGGUACAAGAGCCUUGCUGAAGAGAAAGAUCAGUUACAGCUUAGGUACAAUAGCCUUGCUGAAGAGAAAGAUCAGCUACAACUUCAAUACAACACCACCAAAGAAGAGAAAGAUCAGCUUCAGAUCCAGUACGACAACAUCACAGAAGAGAAAGACCAACUACAACUAAAGCACAAGAGCCUUGCUGAAGAGAAAGAUCAGUUACAUCUUAGGUACAAUAGCCUUGCUGAAGAAAAAGAUCAGCUACAACUUCAAUACAACACCACCAAAGAAGAGAAAGAUCAGCUUCAGAUCCAGUACGACAACAUCACAGAAGAGAAAGACCAACUACAACUAAAGCACAAGAGCCUUGCUGAAGAGAAAGAUCAGUUACAUCUUAGGUACAACAGCCUUGCUGAAGAGAAAGAUCAGCUACAACUUCAAUACAACACCACCAAAGAAGAGAAAGAUCAGCUUCAGAUCCAGUACGACAACAUCACAGAAGAGAAAGACCAACUACAACUAAAGCACAAGAGCCUUGCUGAAGAGAAAGAUCAGUUACAGCUCAGGUACAAGAGCCUUGCUGAAGAGAAAGAUCAGUUACAGCUUAGGUACAAUAGCCUUGCUGAAGAGAAAGAUCAGCUACAACUUCAAUACAACACCACCAAAGAAGAGAAAGAUCAGCUUCAGAUCCAGUACGACAACAUCACAGAAAAGAAAGACCAACUACAGCUAAAGCACAAGAGCCUUGCCGAAGAGAAAGAUCAGUUACAGCUCAAGUACAAGAGCCUUGCUGAAGAGAAAGAUCAGCUACAACUCCAGUACAACAACAUCACAUCAGAGAAAGCACAGUUGGAGGAGAGGAAUGCUAUUCUAAUCCAUCAUGAAUCCCAGCUAGAGACCAACUUCAAUGCCGUGACGGCUGAGAGAGAUCGACUACAGAAGCAUCUUGGUGAGAUGGGUUUGAAAACAAAAGAUUUACAGCUCAGGUACAAGAAUCUUGCUGAAGAGAAGGAUCAACUACAACGUCAAUACAACAACAUCCUAGCACAGAAAGCCCAGUUGGAGACCAAGUUCAGUGCUGAGAGAAAUGAACUACAGAGGCGUCUUGGUGAACUAGAAUCACAUGACAUGAAAAACAUUAAACAACAUGCAGUGGAUGUGACCCUGGAUCCUGAUACAGCACACCCCCAUCUCAUCCUGUCUGCUGAUGGGAAACAAGUAAAGACUGGAGACACACGACAGAAUCUACCAGACACUCCAAAGAGGUUUAAUCAGACUGUGAAUGUGUUGGGAAGAGAAGGGUUCUCCUCUGGCAAAUUCUACUAUGAGGUUCAGGUUAAGGGGAAGACUGAGUGGGAUAUAGGAGUGGCCAAGGAGUCAAUGAACAGGAAGGGACAGAUACACCUGAGUCCUGAAUAUGGGCUCUGGACAAUAUGGCUGAGAGAUGGGACUUAUAAAGCUCAUGCUGAUACCUCUGUUCCCCUCUCCCUGAAGGGAACGCUCCAAACAGUGGGGGUGUUUGUGGACUAUGGUGCAGGUCUGGUCUCCUUUUAUGAUACAGAUUGCUGGGAUCACAUCUACUCAUUUACCCAUAUCUCCUUCACUGAGAAAAUCUAUCCAUUCUUUAGUCCCCAUCUUAAUCAGGGAGGUAAAAAUUCAGCUCCUCUCAUAAUCUCUCCAGUCCAUGUCUGCCCAGUCAAAUAA